GCUCCUGGGGAGUCAGCUGCUCAGCGCUGGGGCUCAGACCCCUGGCUCCCACGGCGCAGGCUGAGUGCCGCCUCUCCCGCCCCAGCUGACAUCUACGACAAGGUGGCGGGCGAGAUGCAGCGGAAAGGCUAUGACUGCGAGUGCCUGGGCGGCGGGCGGAUCUCGCACCAGAGCCAGGACAAGAAGAUCCACGUGUACGGCUACUCCAUGGGGUACGGCCGUGCCCAGCACUCCAUCUCCACCGAGAAGAUCAAAGCCAGGUACCCGGACUACGAAGUGACCUGGGCAGACGAUGGCUACUGAGGCCCCCCACUCAGAACUCUGCCCGAGACGCCCCCCUGGCGCGUGCCACCCUGCCCAGGCUUUGGAGAUGGACGCCAGCCGGCCCCAGUUCCGGGUUUACCUCACCCACGGGAAUAAAAAGCACUAACCCAGCUGGGCCCCGG